AUGAAGUCGCCUACCACAAAGAAGGAGAUACAAAGUCUAAUGGGUAGAGUAGCAAUUCUCAACCGAUUCCUUUUGAGAUCCACUAACAAGUGCAGGCCGUUCUUCAAAGUCUUGAAGAAAGGACAAAGAGACAAGUGGGAUAAAAAAGGCAAUGUAGCUUUUCAAAACUUGAAGACCUACCUCACUUCACCUCUCAUGCUCUCAAAACCCAUACCAUGUGAAGAUUUGUUCAUCUACUUGGCGGUGUCCAACAUAGUAGUCAACUUAACUCUCAUCCAAGAAGAGCUAAGGGCACAACAUCUGGUAUUCUACACGUCAAAAGCCCUCAUCGAUGCAGAGACUCACUAUCCGAAAAUGGAGAGGAUCAUUUUGUCCCUUGUAGUUUCUGCAAGAAAGUUAACCCUACUACCAAGCUCAUUGAAUCAUCAUCAUGACAUAAUCUCCUUUGAAAUGGAUUCUUCAUAG